UCUAGCCCCAUGGAUCGAGCCCCAUCCGUCCUCAUUAAGCACCAAAGUCAAUCAGUAUAAGGGCAGAAGGCACCAAGCCAAGCUGGGGGUUGUUGUGGGGGGAUAUUUUGCUCUUUCCUUCCCCGGUGUGAAACUCUCAUGGCUCAGCCCGGGGCCAUGGGUUUCAUGCUUCAGUGCUGCCCACGGAAAGCUGGUUUUGCCCAGCUAUGGCAGCGGGAGCUGCUUUUUCUCUGUGCUUUUGAGUUUCACGGGCUGGGGGAAGUACGGGCGGAGUGUAGGGUUACAGCACGGGAAGUCCUCCCUGCUCUGCAGGGCUCCGGACGGCCCCUCGCUGCCCCUGUCCCUGUCCCAGCUCCUCACUUCCUCCUCGCUCUGUCUCGAGCAACAACCUUUUUCCACAGGCAUUUCCAGCCCGUAUACGGGGCUGUAGGGAUGCUGGGCACGGUCCCAGGUUUCGCCGUCCCGACCCACGUCCCCUGCUUCCACUUCCAGCCCCGCCGGGCCGGCAUGGACUGGCGUCGCUUCAGCGCCGUGGAUGUGGAGCGGGUGGCCCGGGAGGUGGACGUGGCCACGCUCCAGGAGCACAUCACCAGUGUCACCUUCUGCAACCUGGAUGGGGAGCAGUGCCCCCACUGCGGGCAGCCGGUGGACCCCGUGCUGCUGAAGGUGCUCAGGAUGGCCCAGCUGAGCAUCGAGUACCUGCUGCACUGUCAGGAGCACCUGGGGAACAGCCUGGCCACACAUGCCCAGCACCUCCAAGCUACCCGUGCCGAGCUGGCCCGAGCCCAGGACCUGGCGUCGGAGCAGGCAGCACAGCUCCGGGGAGCCAAGGAGGAGAACAGGAGUUGGAAGAAGCUGAUGGCCACCCAGCAGCUCCUCCUGCAAGCCAGCCCCAGCAGCUACUGCAAGUGCCACCUCUGUGACAAAGCCUUCAUGAGCGACGUCUUCCUGCGAGCCCACGUGCAACGCCGGCAUGCGGAGGCCACCGAGGCAGGCUUUGCAGAAAGGCAGAAGAUGAAGCGGGUGGAGCAAAUGGAGCAGGAGGUUGAGGAGCUGAAGGAGAAGCUGCGUGAGACACAGCAGCAGCUGGCAGCGGAGAGGGAGGCAGAGAAGCUGCACAGGGAGCAGGAGAAGGAGAGAGCUCACCAGCGAGAAGAGGAGGGCAGGAGAGAUUUGGAAAGGUGGAAAGAGGAGGAGAGGACGAAGCUGCGUGCAGAGAUGGAUGGCCUGAGACAGCUCUUCCUUGGGGAGCUGAAGGAUGUUGCCAGCAGGAGCAGUGCAAUGGAAGGGAAACUGCAGGAGCUGCAGGCCAGAGAGGCAGCGGUGUCCAGGCUGGGGACCCUGCAGGACGAUGACUCCGAGGAGAUGCGGUGGCAGACACCAAGCCAGACAGAGCAGGAGAGAACAGCAGUGCAGACCAAGCUGCUGUCUGCAAACAAGCCUGAAGUGACCCGGCAGGUGACCAAAGUGCUGGCUGCUGAAGAAUCCUCAGAAGAAGACAGGGCGGAGGAUGCCCUGGGUGGGAGGCGGAGGCUGCUGGAAGCCCUGCGGAGAAACCCAAACCUCCUGAAGAAGUUUCGGCCCAUCCUGGAGGAAGCACUGGAGGAAAAGCUGGAGAGCAUGGGUGUCAAGAGGGUCGUGACGGGGAUCUCCACUCAGACCUACCAGCACCUCCGGGCCGUGGUCAGGCUUCAGCAGCAGCAGAGGGCUGCGAAAUUUCCUGGUCUCCUCCACCUAAGGAGUGAGCUGAUCCAAGCGGUGAUGAAGAAAGUCAAGCAACGCAAGAAGCCUGGCAUUGCUGCCCCUCGACAGCUCUCCAUCAUCCCAGGGACAGCCAUGUCCACAAGGGAGAAGCCCAUGGAGAGACGCCUGGUUGCAACCACACGGAGACCAGCUGGUGGGGUCAGCUCCUCCCAGCCCUGAGUUCAACAUCUCCCAGAGCCACUGGGAAACUCCAGUGUCCGAGGAAGCCCCUGGCCCAAGCACACGUUGGCAGAGGAGCAAGCUCCAGCUGCGGUUUCCUUCCUCCUUCCUUCUUGAGUGAGAACCCCGACCCAAAGGACGACCCUCUGCAGCAUCACCAAGUGAAGCUGGCUCUGCUUAUAAUGCUCAUUGGUGUAAAUGAAAUGUGUUUUCCAAAUUCUCUCUGGCUUUUGUACAGCUGUAGUGUAGGGUGUGAGGUGAUCUUGAUCUCUCCAGAGUACAAAAUUUUUAAAAAUGCGGCUUCUCAACUUCUCUGUUUUCCAAUCCACUCCACCACCGGUUCAAAUUUCUGUCUUUGCCUGUUCCUGAGCGCAAACAUUUGCACGUGCAUUUUAAUGCUAGGGAGCAGAAAGCCCGGCCAGGGCUGAGCAGAACAGGGUGAAUUCAUUUCAUUCCAUCAAAUAACAAAAGUGCCUUCCAGAUAACUGUCUGCCAACAUGCAAAACACCACCACAUGAUUUGUAAAUCCACAAGUCCCCAGGGAUGUAUGCAGUCCACUGUGUGCCUAUACCCUCCCACAUUGUGUGGGUCUGUAGUUACAUACCUCGUGGAGGAAUUGUUCAUUUUAAUCUUUCAAGGUGAAAUAAGAACUAUACCUGCUUUGUAUUAUUCUUUCUUUAGAAUACUAUUGCCAGACAUGUUACUUUAUGGCUAAUUUAACAAAUGUUUUUCUUUUUGGUGAGUGGUGAUCAUAAGGAGAACUAUUUUUAAUAAAUUGAAUAAAGGAGGGAUGUUUUCAUGCCAUUCAGAGAACUGAAGUUGGUGUCUCAGAAAAAGAAAUGAGCCUUUUACCUGUAAAAUAGGUGGAGGUAGGAGCAAACAUUUGCUCCUGUGUAAGGGGUGGUAAGAAAGGCAAUUCACACAACUCUGGGCUGUGCUGGCAUGAUCCAAAACUAAUGGGAAAAGACAUUUUUUGCCCCAAAGAGCAAACAGCAGGACCAGGACAGCCAGCAGAAGCUGUUUCACCCCUACUACGUGGCAAGCUCAGUGUCAAGGCUGUGCCUUGCCCAGGACCUCCCUCUCCCAGCUGCUUCCCUUCCUUUUGCUGGAGAAUCAAAGAAAUCACUCUGUGCCACCAACUGAUGGCCAAACCUCAGCAUGUGCAGCUCCUGCACAUGUUCACCUGCAGACAAAUGCAAGAACCAGGCUUGUGUUCACUUUUCUAGCAGUUCUCAUGCUUGUGGUGCUUUCGAGCUGCUCCAAUGAGCCUUCAGGCACUCAAUGCUGAGCCCAGAUGAUGCCAGGCAGGAAGGGGAAAAAAUUGCCUAAGAUUGUGAAACUCCAAAAGUACCCUUGUGCUACAAGAAACAAAUAAAUAGAUAUACACAGGGACAAGGCA